GAUAGAAGCUUGACAGGCGACCAGAGGGGGACACAGAUACUGAUAGAGCGGGAGAGAGACUCUCUUCCGACGUCGGUGCUGGAACAGAUGGGCGCGACAUUCGUCCACUAACCGGUUACCGUAUAUUCCACGGAGGCAGACAAUACAGCUAUCCAAUGCUGGCGGAAUUUAGCUGACCACAGUUGGACACACAAUAUCCAUGUAGCAGAGUUCUAUCAUCAUGGCAAUCCACAUCUCAGGGAGGGAAAGGGGAAAGGGAAGGAAGAGUUGGCAUUCAAAUUCAAUGCUGGAGCAGAGCACAGUGAAAUCCGUAGGCACCAUGAUCCCUCGUAAUAUGCGAACAGGUGGGAUGGACCUGCCAGGGGUGGAGUCAAGGGAUGUACCCCUUAUUGGCUACCGGCCUUUAGCGCCUGACGAUAUUCCCCUCAGCAGCCAAUCAGGACAAGUGACUGACAGUACUGGACUGGACUCCUCUGAGGUGGAGGCUUCCCCCAUGAAGAGUACUUGGUACUGUCCUCUGGACUUGUCUACUGUGUUGGAGGAGGAAGAGGACGGAGUGAUAUAUCAUGUAGCGGUGAAGCAACAGCAUGGUGCCCCCACCAGUGCAUCAUCCAGCUCUCGUUCACAGUGUGUGAAAGCAGGAACAGAGGAGAAGCUGGUGCAGCACCUCCUCCACUCCUUCUCCAUGGGAGACUCCUCCUUCAUCACCAUCUUCCUCUCCACCUAUCGCUCCUUUACCUCCACCAAGAGAGUGCUGGACAUCCUCAUUGACAGAUUGCAACAUCCACCAGGAGAAAGUACAAGGAGUCAGACUAGGCAACCCUUCAACAGAGCGGUGUGUAUGGUGUUCAGUAUGUGGCUGUCGGAGUAUCCUGAGGACUUCCGCUCUCUGGGAGAGCCUGGUCUUCUGCUGCGCCUGGCCCCCCUGCUGCCCUCCGACCCCUCUGGGAUAGAGAUCAGGGGUCGCCUCCUCAGAAUUGCAGAGGAGCUCAGUGAACAGGCCCUACUGCCUGACUCCAGUUCAGAUAGGACCACCGCCAGCCCUCCUGCUGACCCCACUAAGUUUGAUCCCACCAAUAUCCUGGGCUUCCCCGCUGGGCUGAUCGCUGAGCAGCUCACCAAGAUAGAGACGGAGCUGUUUGUGCGUCUGGUUCCGUACCACUGCCUGGGCUCCCUGUGGUCUCAGAGAGACAAGAAGGGCCGUGAGGGAGUAUGUUGGUCCGUCCGGGCCACUGUACGCCAGUUCAACCGGCUGGCCAAUGCCGUGAUGGCUUCGUGCCUUUGGCCCACGCGGCUCCGCAGCCAGCAGAGAGCCCGCCUCCUGGAGAAAUGGAUCAGCGUGGCAGAGGAAUGCAGAGCCAGGAAAAACUUUUCGUCACUCUACGCCAUCGUGUCUGCCCUGCAGAGUAACCCUGUACACAGACUAAGGAGGACGUGGCUAGACACUGACAGGGAAGCAGUGAGGAGAUACGAGGAGCUGUCCAACAUUUUCUCUGAGAAGGACAACUACUCCCAGAGCAGGGGGCUGCUGAAAGAGGAGGGCACUUCGAAGUUCGCCAACCUGGAGGGCAAGAUGAACAACAGGAGACAAAUAGGGUCCAGUGCCCAGGGCACAGUACCCUACCUGGGAAUCUUCCUCACAGACCUCACCAUGCUGGACACAGCUGUAAAAGACAGACUAGAGAACGGCUACAUCAACUUUGACAAGAGGAGACGAGAGUUUGAGGUUUUAGCUCAGAUCCGACUACUGCAGUCUUCCUGUAAAAACUGUGUUUUCAUCACUGACGAGGCAUUUCUACAGUGGUACCAAAGUGUACCCUCGUUAAAUGAAGAAGAAAGUUACAGACUGUCCAAUGAAAUUGAGGUGCCGUGCGAACCGAGCCCUGGUCGUACCCUGAACCCUACAGUGAUCAUCACACAGUGCCCAAGCCUGAAUUCCUCCAGGACCAGCCUUGUUGCUGACAGUGACAGUCAUUUUGACUUCCCCUCCCCUGUCUGUCACUUUCUUUCCAAACUUACCAAGCAUAUGAAAUCCCCCUCAGUUUCCUGUCUGGAUGUUGACUCCUCCCCUCCCACCAAUGUCCCCAUCCCCUCUGCAUUGACACCAUCCACUCCCGUCAAAUCACAUCGUCGAUCAAUCUCCUGUGGCAACAAUCCCACCAAUAACAACAAAGGGUCUGGGCCUGAUAUGCGGAUCAUCAGGAUACGGAUGGAUUUACAAGAUGGGAAUAUGUACAGAAGCAUACUGGUGACAAGCAAUGACAAGACGCCCACUGUGAUCAGUUCUGCCUUAGAAAAACACAGUCAGGACCCCAAACAGGCAUCCAGAUAUGAGCUGAUCCAACUAUUGCCCGAGGGGAAAGAGUUGGUCAUCCCUGCCACAGGAAACGUUUUCUAUGCCAUGACUUCCUCUAGUGUGGACUUCCUGCUGUGCAGAAAAGGAGGCAACAACCCUUUUGGCUCUCAACCAAUCAGCACAGAAACCAGUGCCACCUUCCCUCGAAUCAAAGCCAAGGGACGGAGACUGGUCAGAACUCUUUUUUGACAACAGCUCUUUCCCAAAUAGGCUAUAUUAGAGACAUAAUGUAGCUAGUUCUCAAGGACAGGUCACGAUAAAAAUGCAGGCAGAUAUCGCAAUGAGAUGUGGCCUUGUCUUUCCUAAUCUUUUACCAAAGUGGAAACACACAUUCUGACCGAGCUUGUUCUAGCAAAAUGUAUCCUGAAACCUGUCCGAACUUGUUUGAUGAACGACUUCUUACCUGGGACACUUCAAUAAAUAUGCUGCCCAUUUGUGUACACUAGGGAACUCCAUUAGUGUAGAAGGGUGCAUGUCUCUCUUGUUGGCAAUGCAUACUACUGCAAAUAUACACCUAGAACAAGACCAAUGCAAACCUUUAACUGAUGGUGAAUGGUGCUGUUUCUUAAGUCUCUCUGACCAUUGGCAUCUAAUUUCCUAUUUAACCAAAUGGAAUAGCCGUGUAACCGAGAGCAACUGAGGAAUCCAAAUCAUCUUGAGCAUUUGAGGAAUGUACCUCAGGUGCCAUCAUAGAGUUGAUAGUAGAGAACUUCAUUAAAUCAAAGUAGUUUGGGCGAUAUGACCUCCUGAAUUGACCAUGACCACAACAAAGUUUUACAUUUCUCCAUAGAGAGUGGAUACAAGCAGCAUGAUGACAUAUUAACAAGAAUAUGAAUUAUGGGGAGAGCACUGGGCUGACAUUAUGACAUAAUGCAUCUGAAUAAGAGUGACAGAUUCACUGAAACCUCUCAUUAUAGCAAAGCACAGGGGCUCAUCAAAAUGUUUUAACUAUGUACUUUGUAUGUAUGUAUAUGUUUUUUAUGUAUGGACGAUGUCAUGAUUGUGUUUACAUUCACAAAGAGCUAUCAACAAGUGUCAGAAUUACAUGUUAUUCAUUGUGAAGUAAAAUGAAAUGUAUGAAAUUGACCCAAAUUGCAACAAUUUCAAAUGGGUCAAGACGUGUCAAAGAUAAACAUGAUAAUUUCACUUGGGUUGGUGCAUACAUAUUGACUGAUAGUUCUGGUAGUAUCAUAUGUAAGAUACAACAACUUUACAUAUACAGCUUUGCCACUCCCAUAUAGAAUCUAGUCAUAUUUUGAGUACUAACCAUUAGGCAUAACAGCAUCAACCCACAAACUCUAACCUAAACAAUUCAUGUCUGGAUAAGAGCGUCUGCUAAAUGACGAAAAUGUAAAUGUAAGACACUAAGGAAAGUCCAAACUAUGUUGUGCCUAUUGAAAAGAUGUCUACCAUUGCAUCUUAAUGUUAUACUUUCAAUACAGCAUAAGCUAAUCUUUAUCAAUGGUCUCUGAAUGGGUUUAGUUGGUAAUUGGAAUGGAAGUCUGUCUGAAGUGUACUUCAACCAGGGCUCCCAAAGUCAGUCCUCAAAGACUCAUGUGAGGUUAGUGAGUAAUAAUAAUAAUAAUAAUAUGCCAUUUAGCAGACGCUUUUAUCCAAAGCGACUUACAGUCUCACCAAUCACUGAAUGAUGUUUAAUUUAUAUUUUCAUGGACGUUUAAUAGAUAUCUGACAGCUAUAAGGUUUCAUUAUGCAAUGUCUUUAGUCCAGGAACUGAAUGUAAAGGAUGUUGCAGAAGGCUAUGCUUCUAUCCCAUGAGGAUGAGACCAGUUGGAAGAAAAACCUGUAUGCAUAAGUGGGCAUGGGGAACAGAUUGUGGGAGGCCCUAAUUGAUGAACUCUUGUGAACUCUGGCCAUACUACCCAGUGCUGUUGAAGUCUCUACUAAGGCUGAGGCAUAGAUACGGUAGUGCCAGGAAGAGGAUUCUGGGUAACGUAAUUUGAUGAAGUGUUAGCGCCAGGCUAAGCUACUGAUUGUUUAGUGCCUUUCUCUCAUUGGUGCUUGAACCUCUUAAAGUGUCCCAAAUGGCACCCUAUUCCCUAUAUAGUGUUUUACUUUUCACCAGAGCCCUAUGGGCCCUGGUAAAAAGUAGUGUGCUUAAUAGGGUGCCAUUUGACAUGAAGCCUCUGUGAUGUAUGCAUUGGAAUGUAAAGUACAUAUGAUUGUGAAUUCCCUCACUCACAGUUCUGUAUAAGCUGGCAUGUUUAUGCACUACAUACAGUGAGGGAAAAAAGUAUUUGAUCCCCUGCUGAUUUUGUACGUUUGCCCACUGACAAAGA